AUGCCACAACCACCACACCCGACAAUCACCCCAAAGCCGACGCCGCCGAGACGAAAGCGACGGAAGACGGCCUCUCACGAGCGAACCGACUUUGAUGCCCAACUCUUCCGUCGCCAGGGCAUCUUUGACCAGUCUGCAGUCGCCGAUGCCGAAGCACUCUGCGCCAACACCGGCAACGACGUCGUCUCCUGCUUCCCCACCGCAGACGCGACCAUUCCCCAGCAUGAGCUCGCCAUCUUUGUCUGGAACAGCAGGAGACCACAAUUGACGCAGACAAAUAAAGUCAACAUUUACAUGUUUCGCGUCGGCGAAAGCGAACCCCUCCUGCAGUGGCUCGACCACGAUAACCCGACAAACGGCGAUGCGGGCACGGUCGCCGCUACUGUGAACGACACGUGGUUCCCCAACUCGGGCCUGAACUGGUCGGGCAGCAACCAGACGAGCCCGUACUACUUUGUGCUCACCCGCAACGACGCUGAACUCGACGGCUCGAUCCAGCCUCAGUCGACGUUCACCGCAGUUCAAACAACAAUUGCGGACGCGGUCUCGUCAUCCCUCGCAUCCGUCUCUUCAGCCUCGACUGCGUCUUUGGCCUCGAUUACCAAUUCCGCGUCCCGCUCUGCGGCUUCGGCCUCUCUGUCGUCCGUAUCGGCCCAGUCGACCGCCUCUGUCGCAUCCGUAUCAUCAGCCUCGGUGGCCUCCGUAUCCGGUAGCGGAGCGGCUGCGACUUCAACAUCCACGGCAGGCGCAAGUGGCAGCGACCCGAAUGGUGGCGUUCAGAGGGAUGGAGGAUCCAACUUUCCACACUGGGCCAUCGCCGUCAUCGUCGUUCUGGGCUUCCUCGCGAUCGUCGCCAUUGGCAUCCUCAUCUUCCUCAUCAUGCGCCGGAUACGUCAACGCAGGGCGUACGCGGCCAACUCCCGCAACAGCAUGGGCUCCUCUUCACCCAUGAUCCCAGCUGUUGUCGGCGCUGCCGGUACCCGCAACGGUGAACCACAGAGCCCGCAAAUGGAGGAACGUGGUGCCGGGUUGUAUGAUCCUGCAGCGGCUGCUUCAGUGCACAGUCCGCAGCACGACGACGCGUCUCUUGCCAGCCAUUCACAUAGCGGAGCGCACAGCAUGAACGAUCCUGGCCUGUUCUCCGGCGCGGAUGCAGCGAUCAUGGCGGACGCCUUCCGGAAGGUGCUGCGGAAACCGGACUUCGCAGGGCGCCCAAUCGAGGAAGGUGAUAGCCCGGAUAGUCAGGAAGCGCCGGCGAGUGGGGAGGGCCCGGCGGGCACGAACCGGUUGAUGAACUGGGAGCUCGCAGAGGAGGGGCGGGAUAUCCGGAGUGUCGGGAGCAGCCGCGGUGUGCACGUAGAGACGCACAGUAACGCGGACGAUGCGAGCACGAUACAUUGA